CAGAGAUUGGGUCAGUGCAGCCCAUGGAACGCGCAUGCUGUUGCGCGCAGCGAAGCUGAGAGAUCGCUUCAAGGUAUGUCAAGAGUCGUGGACCAAAUGGGAACCCUUGCCGCUUUGUAAAGCGAGACAGACAGACCGAUAGGCCCGUUCGAGCGGUGGAACGGGCAUCUGUGCCAAUGCUUCCCUAACUGUUGAUCCUAUUGAGCCACUCACCCCACCAAGUCUCAAAACGAGAAGUUGCGAAAGGUUAGCCGAUGCCAGCCAGACAGGAUGCAUGGAGUUACGCGAUUCGCGGCGAAUCCAGUGGUGCGCACAGUGCAGCGAGCACUGCAGGGCGGUCCAUCAGCGGGCAAGUCAAAAGCCACAAGCUGCCAAAAGGAGAGAGCCCUUGACCUUAGUCGCAAGCUGGUCGAGCUCGCAAGGCGCAGAGGCUCAGACAAGGCAGCUGCAGCUAACAUCGCUCACGCGUUGGCAAGGAGCUUCAAAUCAGAGUUCUCAACCUUCCAAGCACAAGACGUGGUUCAACUGGCAACCGCGCUGCAGAAGCUACGGCAAAAGAACGUCAUGCUGUUGGAUGCAAUGGCCUCCCACGUACUUCGAGGCAUCGUAGCAUAUCCGCUCUAUGCAUUGUGCAACAUUCCCAACUGCUUCGCAAGGCUUGGCUACUUGCAUCGGCAGCUAAUGGACGCGGUUGCCAGCCACGUGUCGGAACGUGCAGACAAGCUCACGCCAGUGGAUAUUGCAUCGCUUGUGUUUGCUUACGCUGAGUUGGCGCAUCAUCCUCGUAGCAACCUGCUGGAGGCGUGUGCAGAACAGUUGCAGAACUGCUACCUGGAGGUUGGUGGGCCAAAUUGUGCCAUUAUCCUCAACUCCUAUUCUCGGCUUUCUGAGUGCAAUCCAACGGUGUUCUACUCUCUAUCCAGGUCUGUGGUACACACGCCGCCUGAGAGCUUCGAGGUGCACCACAUCAGCCUCAUUAUGAACGCUUACGCCAAGUGCGCAGUCAGGAAAAGCCAGACGAUGAACGUUCUCGGCGACUUUCUGACCGAGAGGGUGCAUGAGCUCAGCCCGCAGAAUGUCUCCAACAUCGUGCACGCAUUCUCUAGGCUCUCCUGUUACAAUGUCCAGCUCUUCCAGAAUCUUGUGACACGAGUGGCCUCAGAAGACCUGAAGGCCUACAAGCUGUACGAGUUGGGCGUGCUUUGCCACAAUCUGGCAAAGUUGAAAUCAGGAGGUCCCACUGUCUACAACGCGAUGUUUGGUGAGCUUGCAACGCGGCCACCAGAGGCUUGGGAGCCGAAAGCGGUGGCGCAGGUCCUGGAUGCCCUUAGGCGCAGUACCUUCCGACAUGAGGCGCUCUUGGCCUCUUGGUGCUUGAUCGAGUUGGACGCACUUGAUCGCGCGAAAGAUUUGAAACAGGAACUUCCAGACGAUGAACCCGAGCAAGGUUUCCCAGAAGCUCGCUAUGCUAUGCGCAGGGUCUUUGAGCUGCUGGAGGGGUUGGAUCAAGCGGAGCCUUUUACUCCAACUCAGCGAUGCCACGUGCAGCAGCUGAUUCGAGCAUAUCGAUAUCGUUACGAGCUUGACUUUGGCUUGUUGCCCCAAAAGGUGAAGUCGUUCUGCAAAGUACAGUUCGACGUAUCCAGCUCUGUGGUGUCCGCAGUGGCCUGGACAUGAGGACAAAAGAUCGCACACAGCGCACGUAUGCCGGAAAAAGCAACCUUUCAUUGGCAGUGUUCAUGAUUAAAUGUCUACAAAGAUCCUAGAGCUCGGCAAGAAUUUGUGUCAAGGGGGACAUUAAAGAUCACAGAUGAC